GAGAAGUGUCCCGUGGCGUCGGGCUCAGGUGACCUCUCAGUUCACAGAGGCAGCACCGCAGCAGGUCAGAUGAUCCGCCUCCGCUCUGCAGUCGAUGAGCAUCUCAGGGUUAAUCCUGCAGCAGAUGGCUUUGUGAGCAGACAACUAAUGGCCUCUACACCAAGUACACUCCGCAUCGAGGGAGACGACAACCUUCAGUCCAUGCUGGUGGGGGCGAUGAUGAGGAAAAUCAAGUCUCGAACCUGGAAGAAGCAGCGGUACUUCAAGCUGCAGGAGGAUUGCAUGACCAUUUGGUACAAGUCCAAAAAGGCUGGCAACGCCCAUUCCACAUUUUCUGUCAGUGAAGUGGAGGCGGUUCGGGAGGGUCACCAGAGCGAGGUCUUGCUCAGCAUCGCGAACGAGUUCCCGGCCAACCGAUGCUUCACACUGGUGUUCCGUGGUCGCAAAGGGAACUUGGAUCUGGUGGCAGAAUCUGCUGAGGAAGCACAGUCUUGGAUCAGAGGCAUAAGGAAGCUGAUUGAGAAUGUGGAAAAUAUGGGGGAGAGGGAGAAGUUGGACCAGUGGAUCAGUGACUGGUUCAAGAAGGCAGACAAGGACCGUGAUGGUAGGAUGAACUUCAAGGAAGUGCGCGACCUGCUAAAGAUGAUGAACGUGGACAUGAACGAGCACCACGCUCUUCGUCUUUUCACAUUGGCGGACAAGUCCUGUUCAGGUUCUCUGGAGGAUGAUGAGUUUGUACUGUUCUACAAGAUGCUGACCCAGCGGGAGGAUGUGCUCACAGUCUUUCAGGAGUUCUCAUCCGACGGCCAGACAUUGUCCCAUAGAGAUCUGGAGGACUUCCUGAGAGAGGAGCAGCUGGAGGGGGACAAUGUCCAACAACAUGCCAUGCACCUUAUUGAGCAAUACGAACCUUCAGAAACAGCCAAAAUGUUGAACCUCAUGACCUUUGAUGGUUUUUUGAUGUACCUGGGCUCAACCGAGGGCUCCAUCUUCAACCCACAACAGAGGGGAAUCUACCAGAACAUGACCCUGCCGCUGUGCCACUAUUUUAUAUCUUCCUCCCACAACACAUACCUGAUGGAGGACCAGCUCAGAGGACAGAGCAGUGUGGAGGGGUACAUCAGGGCUCUCAAUCGAGGCUGCCGCUGCGUGGAAGUUGACUGUUGGGAUGGGCCCAGCGGAGAGCCAAUCGUCUAUCACGGACACACCUUCACCUCCAAGAUCCUCUUUAAGGACGUGGUCACUACAGUGGGGAACUAUGCCUUCAAGGUAUCUGAAUAUCCAGUCAUCCUGUCCAUCGAGAACCACUGCAGCGUGGAGCAGCAGAGAGUCAUGGCCCGACACCUCAGCCACAUCCUGGGGGAGAAGCUGCUCAGGAAGCCUUUGGAUGGACACACUUCCACUGAGCUGCCGUCUCCGGAGAACCUGAAGGGGAAGAUUCUGGUGAAAGCCAAAAAGAUCGGAGGUCUGGAGGACAACAUCGGCGCCCUGGUGGAAGACUCCUUGUCCGGGGAAGUCAGUGAUGAUGACGAUGUAGCUGAAAUGGAGGAGGAAAACUUGCACCGGGACAGUGUCCAUGGCAGGAGGAAGAAAUCCAAGCAGUGCCUUUCCAAGGAGCUGUCGGAUUGUGUCAUCUACUGCAAAAGUUUCCAUUUCAGGAGCUUCAAACACUCCCAGAUGCACUCCAAGUUCUACGAGGUGGCCUCCUUCACAGAGUCCAAAGCCCGCAAAUACCUCAAAGAAUCAGGAGCCGAGUUUGUGCAGCAUAACUCACGGCAGCUGACCAGAGUUUAUCCCACGGGCUUUCGGACAGACUCCUCCAACUUCAAUCCUCAGGAAAUGUGGAACGCUGGAUGCCAAAUUGUUGCUUUGAACUUCCAGACGGCCGGUGAAGGGAUGGAUCUGAACGACGGGCUCUUUAGUCAGAAUGGCUGCUGUGGCUACGUCUUGAAGCCCAGCUUCAUGAGACAGACAAGGUCUGGCUUUGACCCCGAGACACCUCAGAAACAAGAGGACUACCAGCCUGUCUUGCUCACCGUCCAGGUGAUCAGUGGCCAGCAGCUGCCGAAGGUCAACAUCAAAGAGGGUUCUAUUGUGGAUCCUCUGGUAAGAGUGGAGAUCCAUGGAGUCCCCAUGGACCAGGCCAAGCAGGAGACCAGAUACAUCGAGAACAAUGGAUUCAACCCUGUGUGGCAAGACUCUCUGCGCUUUACCAUCCACACUCCUGAAUUGGCCCUGGUGCGCUUUGUGGUUGAAGACUAUGAUAAGACCUCCAAGAAUGACUUUGUGGGGCAGUACACUGUGCCUCUGACUUGCAUGCAGCAAGGUUACCGCCACAUCCACCUUCUGUCCAGAGAUGGAACUAGCAUCCCGCCCUCGUCGCUGUUCGUCCAUGUCCGGAUCAAAGAGGUCUAGUCCUCCCAAAGUGCAGGAAACAGCAGCCACCAGGCUUCAAAAAGACAACCCAAAACUCUUGGACAAGCAUCAUGCCAAAUGAUUCCAGGCUUCAGAGAGAACUGUGGAGAAACUGUUCUGAUCUGGGAACUAUUCUGUUGAUCGGUGUGGCGAGCUGCCGUCAUUUCUAGUCUUUCUUCUAGAAGAAUGUGCCACCAUCUCUUCCAGUCAGGAUUAGUAGAUUUUUACUUCGUCCUUCAGUACGCCACCAUCUUCAGUUUGUCUCUUCCAAAUCAAGGUGGCUUUAGCAGAAACUUCUUUUGGUUCUUGACGCAGAAGGGAAGAGGAAAUCCAGACCUUUGGUUCAUAGAGCACAUUUUUUUGCAGGUUUCCUAUAUAUUUUUUCCUCUUCCAAACUGUGAAUGACCAGGAUGUCAGGUUCUAAGUUUGACUCUGUGCGUUCCAGGCUGUGGCUCUUGGUAGCAGUCAUCCUCUCCAUUCACCCUUCCUCCAACAGAGCAGUCAUUUCUGUGGCAGAACCAGAAGUAAAGCCUUUGCUAUCACUGACACUUGCAAUUUUAAUUUCCUGACGUACAACCACAACCGAAAUUUCUUUGACCUUUGACCUCGAGAAAAAGGCCCCAAUCUUGAAUUUUCCAAA